AUGUCAGGCGUCACAAAUCAGGAGGAGGACAAGAAGCCCACCGAUCAGUCAGCCCACAUCAACCUCAAAGUCAAGGGCCAGGAUGGGAAUGAAGUGUUCUUCAGGAUCAAGAGAAGUACCCAACUGAAGAAGCUCAUGAAUGCUUACUGUGAUCGGCAGUCGGUGGAGUUCAAUUCUAUUGCUUUCUUGUUUGAUGGUCGUCGUCUUAGAGCUGAGCAGACUCCAGAUGAGUUGGAAAUGGAAGACGGGGAUGAAAUAGAUGCAAUGCUUCACCAAACUGGAGGUGCUUUUGCCUAG